UUAGAUUUUAGAUCAAAGAACAAUGCUUGAGCUUGUUUGGUUUAUAUGAAAGAUAGCAAUCUGGAUACUCUGUUUCAUUAUUGCAGCAGUGUUUUAUCUUGCCGUUGUAAAGCCCUACCUUUUUAGAAGAAAGUAUGGCAAGUAUAGUAAUGUUUAUAUGGACAAAGGUUUUAUUCCAUUACUUGGAGAUUUGAUAUAUCAUGUUUAUGAUGAGAAAGCCAAUAAGGUUCACUAUGAUCAUCUCAGAAAGAUAGCAAAUGAGGUCCAUAAGUAUGAUCUUAAGGUUGAAGUAGAAGGGAUGACACCGAUGCUGGUCUUUAUUUCAAACAAAGCUGUCAAGGAAGUUAUUUCUUUGAUGCCUGAUAAAGUUGAUAAAAUUAGCUGGCCAAAAGGCUUGAUGAAGAUGGCAGUCGGAUCUUUUUCAAUGAAUCCAACCACACAUAACACAAAAUCUAGAAGAAAGGAAAUCUUUAACAUUCUUGGUCUAAACUCAGCUUCGAGAUAUAUCCCCUUAAUGGUAGAUAGAACAAAAGAGUUCCUUGAAAAGAUCAGAAAAGAGAAGAAAGUUGACUUUUUGCAUGAAGCAAAUUUCUUAACUUUCAAAAUCUUCAUUUUCAUUUUAUUCGGAAAUGAUAUGCACCAUCUCACAGAGAAGAAGUAUCCUUUUGAGAGGCCAGAUGGAACAAUUGAUCAUAUCACUCUUUGUGAAAUCUUUAUCCAGCUGGGGAAGGAUUAUAUGGUAGAGUUCAUCCAUCCAAUCACUAGUCUUAUCCCGCCUCUGAAUGAUUACAACUUCAUCGGGCCUUGGAGGAGAAACAAUAAAAACUUUACCGUUUUUAAAGAUGCCUUAAGAGAAAUGAUUUCAGAGUCAAAGGACCAGAAUUCUUUGUGGAACAUGAUGUCUCAGUUGAACCAGUUCACAGAUGACGAGAUCUUCCAUGAUUUAGUACUUCUUAUGAUUGGUGGUAGCGAAACUUCUUCUCAUUGCCUAUGCUCCAUUUUCUACUAUCUUGCAAAGUUUCCAGAGGCCAGGAAGAAACUGAGGGAAGAAUUAGAUAAAUUUGGGUUAAAGAAAGGCUCGAAUUUGGAAGCAUCUAUCAAAAUGGAGGUUAUUGAAAAACUUGAUUACCUCUCUUGGGUCAUCAAAGAAGCCCUUAGGAUGGAUCCUCCAAUUCCUACAAGCUUUUUCUACGAAGCAAAAGAAGAUAUCAAGAUUGCAGAUGUACCAAUUGACAAAGGAACCCUCUUCAAAUUUGAAGUUGUAGGGCCUCACUACAAUGAAGACUAUUGGAUCGAGCCUGCCAAGUUCAUUCCGGAUAGAUUUGACCCAGAAUCCGAGAUCUAUCAAGACUCUAUGAAGCAAGACAAAGGAAAGGGAGUGUUCUCAAGAAGAUAUUUCGGACAAGGUAUUAGAGGCUGUCCUGGCCAAUCCUUCGGUACACUUGAGCUCAAGAUAAUGGUAAGCUAUCUAUUCCCUGAGAUGGACUAUACUGUUGAACAAGAACUCCUUGACAAUGAUGACAUUGGUUUUGGAAUCGGGACUCAUUUUAAAGCGAAUUUUGAGAUCAAAUCCUAA